CCCUCGAGUCAUGAAUCCCCCUUGAGCGGGGAGUACUCGCGCACCUGGCAACCGCAGAGCCAGCGCUGGCGCUCAGCAGCAGCGCGAGUCUGAGGCGCCGUUACUGCUAACCGAAGCUGGCUGUCCUGUCCCGCCUUACGACCGUUUAACCCCCUCGCUUCUAAACCUAACCGAAUGGGGUGCGGAAAGCCUAUCGGUUCGCUGCAGUAGUCGUGCGCGUUGAGUGUCCAGCGUGAAUCCAGUGUCCGAAGGGUCAAUCUGCCUCACUGCAGUGCAGCCGUUGCUGGAGUCGAACAGAUCCACAAUGGCGACUCCCAGUCCCAGCACCAAUUCACCAACUAGCGCUGCGGGAUCCGCCUUACACACGCAACACUUAACGACAAUGAGCAACAUGCAGGAUUCCAGCACAUGCUGGAGGUGUCAGAAUGAAACAGGAUUUCAGAUCAAUCUGUCUGGAGUAACCCAAAGCAAACGCAAAGCACUUAAGUUAAACUUUGCGAAUCCGCCAGUUAAACCGACCGCGCGGCUCCCCAUCACGACGGCUAACCCACCGUUCCAGAAUCCACACAUAGAGCGGCUGCGGACGCACAGCAUCGAGUCCUCAGGGAAGCUGAAGAUUUCUCCAGAGCAGCAUUGUGACUUCACGGCCGAGGACCUCAAGGACCUGGGGGAGAUCGGGAGAGGAGCGUAUGGAUCCUUGAGGAUUUUGGUGCGAUGAGCUCAGGGGCCUGUCUUCUUGCCUUCACUGCAGCGGAUCCGCUCCACGGUGGAUGAGAAGGAGCAGAAACAGCUUCUGAUGGAUUUAGAUGUAGUGAUGAGGAGCAGCGACUGCCCGUAUAUCGUCCAGUUCUACGGAGCCCUGUUCAGAGAGGGCGACUGCUGGAUAUGUAUGGAACUAAUGUCUACCUCCCUUGAUGAAUUCUACAAAUAUGUAUAUUGUGCAUUAGAUGACAUCAUUCCAGAGGAAAUUUUAGGCAAAAUUACAUUAGCGACUGUGAAAGCACUGAAUCACUUGAAAGAAAACUUGAAAAUAAUCCACAGAGACAUCAAACCCUCCAACAUUCUCCUGGACAGAAACGGCAACAUUAAACUGUGUGAUUUUGGCAUCAGCGGGCAGCUGGUCGACUCCAUCGCCAAGACCAGAGAUGCUGGCUGUAGACCGUACAUGGCUCCUGAACGGAUCGACCCCAGCGCCUCCAGACAGGGCUAUGACGUCCGCUCCGAUGUGUGGAGUUUGGGAAUCACGCUGUACGAGCUGGCGACGGGACGCUUCCCAUAUCCUAAAUGGAACAGCGUGUUUGAUCAGCUGACGCAGGUGGUGAAGGGAGACCCGCCGCAGCUCAGCAGCUCCGAGGAGAGACAGUUCUCACCCAAAUUCAUCCAGUUUGUCAAUCUAUGCCUUACAAAGGAAGAGUCGAAAAGGCCAAAGUACAGAGAACUGCUGAAGCAUCCGUUCAUCCUGAUGUACGAGGAGCGGAUCGUGGAUGUGGCUGGUUACGUGUGCAGGAAUCUGGAUGAAAUGCCGGCGUCCCCCGGCUCGCCCAUGUAUGUCGACUGAUGGUGAGCGGCCUGUUGGGAACACAAGACGGUCCGGCCACCAUUUGGUGUACAUACAGCGCCUCAAGUGAAACACACAGCCCUUCACCAACUCUCAUUUCACUGCAUUUACCGCAGCACAUCCUACUCUCAACGUUUGACGCUUUAAUUCUAUUUCAAAGUGCCACAUUAAAACGCUUGUGCCACUUUUUGUGCCGUAAUGUGGCUUCGCUUCUGUACGCAGUCGGAGAACAAACGUUGGGUGUAGGAUUUGUUCUCGUUUGUGAAAUGCAAGUCCUGGUUAAGCGUCUGAGUGUUUCUGCUAGACAUCGUAAUUUUGUACCUUCAGUGUGAACACAAAGAGAAAUGCUUCGCUUAUGUACGCAGGUUCAGUGUGAGUGGGCUCUCAUUUAAAAGCCAUUUACAUCAUGGUGUGUAAACAAGCUUCAGAUUUAGCAAAUCCACCUUCUGAGUUCAUUGCGUCAUGCUGCAUAUGUAUGUAUGUGUGUGUGGGGAAUCAUUUGGAAAUAUAAAUAAGCAAAACUUGAAUUUGCUCAUUUAAGACAGUGAUGUGCUUACCGAAAUGAAUCCUAAGAGGAGGAAAAAGCAUCCGUGCUGGUGUUUUUCCCUCAUACGUGUACAGACACAUCACUCUCUCUUUAUUUAAUGAAACAAAGGUGUUGUUCUGCAUCAGUGAUGUGUGUUAAAGUAGCUUUACUCGCUCAGUAUGCAAUAUAAUGUCACGAUGAUCCAAAUGGUUUUCACUUUAUCAAAGAGAAUCCAGUCUGGUGUCUGAAUGCAGGUGCUGCUCGUCACUGUAAAUGUGUAUUUAUACAGACUCCACAUUGUCAAAUCAGAAAAUUCACAGAUUUUCCCACAAGCUCAUUUUAGCAUGUUUAUAGAGGGUCUGGCACGAGUUUGGUUGGUUCGUGUGGGAUACGGCUGAUAAUUCACUCAUAGGUCACUUAUUUUAAAAGAUGUACAGCAUUCAUCAAACAUGGGUCUGAUUGUAUAAUAAUACGGUGCCGGAUAGCGUUCAGAGAGUUUCAUGUUUUGAUGAUGGAAAAUCUUCUCAAAUGCAUUUUAAGAAAUAAUAGUGGCACAUCACAAAUGUGGGGUGAAAUAAUUUUAAGGGUGAUGUGUAUUAUAUUGUAUCAAGAGAGGAAACUAUGUACAGAAAAAAAUCACUGUGAAAAUAUUUUACAUGUACGGUGAGAAGAGCAAUCUGUAAAAAUUGUAAAAGGAAAUGUGCAGGGAUACAGCGUACUAUAUGUUCAGGUUUGGGUAUAUAUUAAUCUCUGACAGCUUUUUGUCUUAUACACGUCACAGUUAACAAGGACAUCAGCUGAAUAUGCUUGCAGGUCAGAGGUUUAUUGUCAUUCUGCUCUGUUAGAUCUGAACACACGAUGGGCUCGAUGCUAGAAUAAAUCCAAUACUCAGCCA